ACGGAGUGAAGACUGUACCGCCUAAAAACAGACUCUCUGCAUUGUGCACAGAGUUUUCGUUCCGUUCCGAAUAAGAUCAAGGAGCAAUUACGCUCGACCCUUUGGCAACAAAAAAAGAGGUUACCUUGGAUAGAUGUGGCAUCGGUUGAUUCCAGUCAAAGGUACGGCUCGCCUUUCUGCGCUGUCCUAUUAUAAUUUUGCUGGUACCACUACAUGCCCUGCUUUCCGUGAAGCAGUAGUCUCUGGGCGUAUAUCAAAUGCUCAGAAACGAAUGCUUUCGACCUCGGGGGGCGUUGACAUCGCUCCAGACAAAGCAAAAGGAACUUACAAUAAAAGUGCUGCUACGCUUCGUUUUUAUCGCAUUCUGCAACGCCAAUGUAAAGAGCUGCAUCGCUCGUUAUUGGUUUCAACAAACGAAAAUUCUGAUACUAAAAGUGCAAAAGACUCUUUCGUACUGAUACAACAGCCCAUAGACCCCCACCACGCCGGUGGCUCGCAAAUUCUUUCCAAUAUUACCGACGCAUCGCCGUCGGCCAUUUUGCGCCUCUUCUGGUACUGGAAUGAAGAUCUGGAGGAUGAUGAAUUCGACGCCAUGGCGGACUGGCUGGACGGGGUGAAUUCAACUUGGAACGAAACGCAGCCGGAAUUAAGUCUCUCCUCCCGAUACGGCGAUGGCGGUUGCAAAACCUUGUGGGCGUCUCCGGAAGCCCUGCGUCAGACCAUCCGACAGGUUUUCCGACACGCACCCACCCAGACGACAGAUGGAGUCACUGAAGCCACGCCGACAUACGUCCCGUAUCGCGCCGCCUGGUCCAUUCGAGCUUACCAAUACCUCAACGACCUACGCGAAAUGCAACGAACGACCUCGGUGUCGAACGAAAAGAAUGUCAGGAUUGUCGCCACGAGUCGAUGUGUCGACGUGAGCGGAGUUGUUGGUAUGGGACGAGGGAAUCCAACGACGGCCACUAUUCCGUGGCGCACCCGUUUUGCCUACCGUAUCCGGAUCGAGAAUCACGGGGCGCACGCCAUUCAGGUUUUGGGACGUACCUGGCUCAUUCAAGAAUUGCUGAACGACCAACCGACCGGUGAACCAGUUAGAGUACACGCUCCACAAACAGGGGCUGUUGGAAAGCUGCCGGUACUCCAUCCUGGUGAAGCCUUUGAGUACAUGAGUGGCUGCGAACUGGCGACGACUGUGGGCGAAAUGAAGGGAUGCUUUCAUUGCUGCGUGGUUGAGGAUGGAACACCGUCGGCUGUGGUGGGGCAGCACGUGGAAGCCUUCCAAUCAGACCAACGAUUCGAAGUGACCGUACAGCCGUUUCCGCUGCUAGCCGAUAGCGCGGCAUCCUAG